AAGCCUACUGUUGGGGCAAUUCUUUCAAUGUAUAAUCUCUUUAAAUCCAUCAAACUGUGUGAGAUGAGAAAACUGAAACUCAGAGGUUGAGUAACUUGCCCACAAUCAUAACUAUAAAAAAACUUUCAUCUGCCCAUAUUGGUUUCCAUGAAAUAUAACCGGGAACGAUGCCCUAAAAUUAAUGAAUGGAAACUAAUUAUUUGAGCCUGGCUUCUCUAUCAGAAUCAUCCUUCAUCUCAGCUGAGUUCCCCCAGGCACUUCGCCCGCAGCUGUGCAGCCGGAUCCCGCGCCAGUGCGGUCCCAGACCUUGGCCCCGAGCUCAUGGAUCGCCCUGGUCCCCGCAUCAGCCAGAGAUGGAGUAGGAGUGACUGAGGAUGGCAGGCUCCGGGUCAGGAGCAGGACUGCUGAGGGCCUGAGAAGGGAGUAGGAGAGGGGGCGGGGCGGUCUGUGCCCCGCCCCCGUCCCUCUGUCAACUCCCAUUGGCCGAGGCUUUCCUGGCCCCAUCCCACCGCCCGCCCGCAGGGCGACGCUUAAAGUGUGCCGAGCAGGUGCCUCGCGUGGAGCAACAACUUUGCGCGCGUGUUCAGGCUGAGCGCUACGCCCAUUCAUUGCCCACGAGCGCCCAUCCUUUUUCCUGCAAAUCGUCCAACGAUAAGGGGCUCCAGGCAGAAGGCAGCCGCCACCUGGAGGACUGCGACCAGAAGAGGCCGAGAGCGCGGCUGACCCUCGCGGGCCGGGCAGGGGACUGUGGCCGCGACCAUGCAGACGUGCGCCAGGGCCUGGGGGCUGCGUUUGGGCUGUGGAGUCGGGGGCGGCCGCCGCCUGGCUGGAGGCACGGGACCGCUUUGGGUACUGCGGGGCCGUGACAGCAGCAGCUGCGGCGGGGACAGCAGCAGGGCUGGGGACUCGCGUCUCCUCGAGCGCCUCCUGCCCAGACACGACGACUUCGCUCGGAGGCACAUCGGCCCCGGGGACAAAGACCAGAGGGAGAUGCUACAGGCCCUGGGGCUGGCGAGCAUUGAUGAACUGAUUGAGAAGACAGUCCCCGCCAGCAUCCGCUUGAAAAGACCCUUGAAAAUGGAAGAUCCUGUUUGUGAAAAUGAAAUCCUUACAACUCUGCAUGCCAUUUCCAGCAAAAACCAGAUCUGGAGAUCGUAUAUGGGCAUGGGCUAUUAUAACUGCUUCGUGCCACAGACGAUUUUACGGAAUUUACUGGAGAAUGCAGGAUGGAUCACCCAGUAUACUCCAUACCAGCCAGAAGUGUCUCAGGGGAGACUGGAGAGUUUACUAAACUACCAGACCAUGGUGUGCGACAUCACAGGCAUGGACAUGGCCAACGCGUCCCUGCUGGAUGAGGCCACAGCGGCCGCAGAGGCGAUGCAGCUGUGCCACAGGCACAACAAGAGGAAGAGAUUUUUUGUUGACCCGCGUUGCCACCCACAGACAAUAGCUGUCGUCCAGACUCGAGCCAAAUACAAUGGCGUUCUCAUUGAGCUGAAAUUACCCCAUAAAAUGGACUUCAGUGGAAACAAUGUUAGUGGAGUGCUCUUCCAGUACCCAGACACCGAGGGGAAGGUGGAAGACUUCACAGAGCUUGUGGAGAGGGCCCAUCAGACUGGGAGCCUGGCCUGCUGUGCUACCGACCUUUUAGCUCUGUGUAUCUUGAGGCCUCCUGGAGAAUUUGGGGUAGACAUUGCCCUAGGCAGCUCACAGCGAUUUGGAGUGCCACUGGGCUAUGGCGGACCACAUGCAGCCUUUUUUGCUGUUAGAGAAAGCUUGGUGAGGAUGAUGCCCGGGAGAAUGGUGGGGGUAACAAGAGAUGCCACUGGGAAAGAAGUGUACCGUCUUGCUCUUCAAACCAGGGAACAGCACAUCCGGAGAGACAAGGCUACUAGCAACAUCUGUACAGCUCAGGCUCUCUUGGCAAACAUGGCUGCCAUGUUUGCAAUCUACCAUGGUUCCCAUGGGCUGGAGCAUAUCGCUAGGAGGGUACAUAAUGCCACUUUGAUUUUGUCUGAAGGUCUCAAGCGAGCAGGGCAUCAACUCCAGCAUGACUUGUUCUUUGACACUUUGAAGAUUCAGUGUGGCUGCUCAGUGAAGGAGGUCUUGGACAGGGCCACUCAGCGGCAAAUCAAUUUUCGGCUCUUUGAGGAUGGCACACUUGGGAUUUCUCUUGAUGAAACAGUCAAUGAAAAAGAUCUGGAUGACUUGUUGUGGAUCUUUGGCUGUGAAUCAUCUGCAGAGCUGGUUGCUGAAAGCAUGGGCGAGGAGCGGAGAGGUAUUCCAGGGACUGCUUUCAAGAGAACUAGCUCUUUCCUCACACAUCAAGUGUUCAACAGCUAUCACUCAGAAACAAAUAUUGUGCGAUAUAUGAAGAAAUUGGAAAACAAAGACAUUUCCCUUGUUCACAGCAUGAUUCCGCUGGGGUCCUGUACCAUGAAGCUCAACAGCUCAUCUGAACUCGCACCUAUCACAUGGAAAGAAUUUGCAAACAUCCACCCAUUUGUGCCUCUGGACCAAGCUCAAGGGUAUCAGCAACUUUUCCAAGAGCUUGAGAAAGACUUAUGUGAACUCACGGGCUAUGACCGAAUCUCCUUCCAGCCUAACAGCGGAGCCCAGGGGGAAUAUGCUGGGCUGGCCACCAUCCGAGCUUACUUCGACGGGAAAGGAGAGGGACACAGGACAGUUUGCCUCAUUCCAAAAUCAGCACAUGGGACCAAUCCCGCAAGUGCUCACAUGGCAGGCAUGAAGAUUCAGCCUGUGGAGGUGGAUAAAUACGGGAAUAUUGACACAGCUCACCUCGAGGCCAUGGUGGAUAAACAUAAGGAGAACCUAGCAGCAAUCAUGAUUACAUACCCAUCCACCAAUGGAGUGUUUGAAGAGAACAUUGGUGAUGUGUGUGACCUGAUCCACCAACACGGAGGACAGGUCUAUCUAGACGGGGCAAAUAUGAAUGCACAGGUGGGAAUCUGUCGUCCUGGAGAUUUUGGGUCUGAUGUCUCACACCUAAAUCUUCACAAGACCUUCUGCAUUCCCCACGGAGGAGGCGGCCCUGGCAUGGGGCCCAUCGGCGUGAAGAAGCAUCUUGCCCCUUUCCUGCCCAGUCAUCCCAUCAUCUCAGUAAAGCCAAGUGAGGAUGACCAACCUGUGGGUACUGUUAGCGCAGCCCCAUGGGGCUCCAGUUCCAUCUUGCCCAUUUCGUGGGCCUAUAUUAAGAUGAUGGGAGGCAAGGGCCUUAAACAGGCCACAGAAAUUGCUAUAUUAAAUGCCAACUACAUGGCCAAGCGAUUAGAAAAACACUACAGAGUCCUUUUCCGGGGUGCAAGAGGUUAUGUGGCUCAUGAAUUUAUUUUGGAUACAAGACCCUUCAAAAAGUCUGCAAAUAUUGAGGCUGUGGAUGUGGCCAAGAGGCUUCAGGAUUAUGGUUUUCAUGCCCCUACCAUGUCCUGGCCGGUGGCAGGGACUCUCAUGGUUGAGCCCACUGAGUCAGAAGACAAGGCAGAGCUGGAUAGAUUCUGUGAUGCCAUGAUCAGCAUUCGGCAGGAAAUUGCUGACAUCGAGGAGGGCCGCAUUGACCCCAGGGUCAAUCCACUGAAGAUGUCUCCACAUUCCCUGACCUGUGUCACAUCCUCCCACUGGGAUCGGCCUUAUUCCAGAGAGGUGGCAGCUUUCCCACUUCCCUUUGUGAAACCAGAGAACAAAUUCUGGCCAACCAUUGCCCGGAUUGAUGACAUCUAUGGAGACCAGCACCUGGUUUGUACCUGCCCACCCAUGGACGUUUAUGAGUCCCCAUUUUCUGAACAGAAGAGGGCCUCUUCUUAGUCCUGUCUCCCUAAGUUCAAGCGACUGACUUGAUGUCUUUCUCUGGAGCAUUUGAUGAGCAAGAACUAUAUAAUUUCCCAUCCCAGACUCAACUUGGGGUUUUAUAUACCGUGUAUAUUUUUGUAAUCUCUGUCAAGGUAAAUGUAAAUACUAUUAGCAUAGUGAGUGGAAACUCGUUGGAAGACCAACAUGCCUCAGUGCCUGCUUCCACAUGUAGCAGUUGAUGUUCCAGUUGCCUGGAUUAGGAACCAUUUAGUUUUUUUUCAUAGAAAAUUUUGGGUGUGCUAGGAACUUUAACUUUCAAUGUAGGAAGUUCAGAGACAUUAUAGAGGUUAUAUUGUAGACUCCGGUAGAUUCUUGGUCCAAAUAAGUCCUUGUGGACUGUGCUAUCUGUGAGGAAUCCCAGGGCAAAUGUUUACAUUUUCUAUACAUUGAAGAAAAUUUUUCUCUAAUUUGCCUAAUCUGUAAUAGCAUUUCUGAGUGUUUUCCCUUUCCCAUGUGUGUGGUUUCCUUUUAUCUGCAAUUAUUAGUAUUCUAAUAAAAGCAUUUCAAUUUGAA